AUGAAACGAUUUGGACUCCCGUUUUGCAACUUUCGAAAUUGCGAAGAAGUAGAUACUCAAUCAGAAUCAACAAACGCACCAGGUGUGGGUUCAGAGGUUACAAUCACAUCUACUAAUGAAAAGCGAAAACUUCCCAAACCAGGGGCAGGAAUAUUGCUAGAUCUCAGGGAGCAGAUACCCACGUAUUGGAAGGGCUGGAAGGAUUCAUGGGACUACCGCGUUAUCCCAUCAGUAGUAGAAACAUUUUUCAGCAACUUAUUACCGGCAUUAGCGUUUGCCCAAGACAUGUUCGAUCGAACAGAAAAUGCAUAUGGUGUUAAUGAAGUGCUUCUAUCCAGUGGAUUGGCUGGCAUUGUUUUUGGAGCUCUUUCAGGACAACCACUGUGCAUCGUUGGUGUUACAGGGCCAAUAUCAAUUUUCAAUUACACAGUUUACGAAAUUAUAAAGCCGUUAAAUACCAAUUUUUUUGGAUUUAUGUUUUGGGUUUGCAUAUGGUCAAUGAUUUUACACUUUCUUCUUGCUCUCAGUAACUUGGUUUGUUUGUUACAGUUUGUUACUUCAUUCCCCUGUGACAUCUUUGGGCUUUUCAUCAAUAUCAUUUAUAUUGAAAAGGGAAUUCAAAUUCUCAUAAGACAAUUCAAUCCCGAAAACCAACUGGAGGAUAUAUCUGCUGGUUUUGCAAGUAUUGUUGUGGCAUUAGUCAUGACCAUUUUUGGGCUCAUGUUCAAGAAUAUAACUCGUACUACCUUACUGAACUAUAAGUUGCGAACAUUCAUAUCGGAUUAUUCAACAGCUUUAUCUGUUCUCUUUUGGUCCUCGUUCAUUCAUUUUGGUGGCUAUUUAUCGGAUAUUGAUUUCCAGAGAUUGCCAAUAACUAGGUCAUUUUAUCCAACUUCAACAAAUCAUAGAGGCUCAUCCACAUGGUUGGCCUAUGCACAUAUUUCAACGAAGCAUAUCUUCAUUGCUUUACCGUUCGGUAUCAUUCUAACAAUUCUAUUCUAUUUUGAUCACAAUGUGUCCUCCUUGAUGGCGCAAAGGGCGGAAUAUAAGCUAAAAAAGCCAGCAUCUUUUCAUUAUGAUUUUGCCUUGCUUGGUGCUACUACUGGUAUCAGCGGCGUAUUGGGAAUCCCUGCUCCAAAUGGCUUAAUACCGCAAGCCCCACUCCAUACUGAAUCUCUCUUGGUUCGUGAUCCAGACGGGAAUGUCCUAAGGUGUGUUGAGCAACGUUUUACUAAUACUAUACAAGGAUUAAUGUGCAUAGCCACAAUGGCAAGACCUUUCCUUGUAUGCCUUGGCGAGAUUCCUCAAGCGGUUUUAUCGGGUCUUUUCUUCAUCAUGGGUAUACAAGGAUUAUUAGGCAAUGAAAUUAUAUCAAGAAUUAUGUGGCUUUUCACUGAGCAAAGAAGCAAAACAGCUGAUAAUGCGCUGUACUAUGUUUCCAACAAGUAUUUAAUAACUUUUCUCUGUUUCAGUUUGGCCGGUUUUGUAGGUGAAUUCGCAAUUACUAACACUGUUGCUGCCAUUGGAUUCCCGUUAAUAUUAUUACUAACUGUGAUUGCUUCUUUCUUGUUUCCGAAGUGUUUCCCAAAAAGACAAUUAAAUAUCUUAGAUACCAAGGUUGCCGAAGAGUUCACUUUAAAGAAUUUGUUACUGUUCAACACUGAUGAAGUUACAAGCAAAGACGAUACGUGA